UGUUCCAUUCGAAUGAACACACCAGUGAAUUCGGUGGUGCUUAAGAAAUUCAGUUCAGUUCAAAACAAAUCAUAUUCAGCCAUGAAGUUCUUCGUUGCCACCGCUUGUGUCCUGCUUUUGGCGUCCGGCAUCUCGGCCGAUCCUGUUAAGGCGGCAGCCGCCACCGAUGAACAGCCCGGCGCAUUUGCAAAGUGCCUGGAAGCUGAUUCCAUCUCGUGUCUGCAGCUCACGCUCUACCGCAAGGCCAAGUCCAUCUUCGAAAGUCCCCAAAUCGAACUCUUCGGCGGCGUCUCUCUGGUCAAGGCCAACGAUGGACGUCAGGGCAAAUCGUUGGACAAUUCUCUUGCCGUUGAGGCCGCACCCACUGUGGAGGCACGCACCGCCGAAAUGGGCAACUACUUCAUGGACAAUGCCAAGAGCUUCUUGUCGGAGCGCUCUCUGAACUUCAACUUCGCCAAUGCCGCCCGCAGCGUUGCCCGUGCCAUUCCCGAUGACAUCAAGGCCGAUCUCCGUGAGCUGGUUGUUGAGUCGCGUACCCGCAAGAAGAAGCUCUUGAAGAAGUUCCUGCCCAUCCUCCUGGGUGUUGGUGCUAAGGUUGCCGUGCUCGCCGUUGGCGCCAUCUUCGGUCUGCUCUUCAUGGCCAAGAAGGCUCUGAUUGUGUCCGUCAUCGCCUUCUUCCUCGCUCUGGCUGCUGGCGCCUCCAGCGGUCUAGGUCGCCUGGGCGGCUCUGGCGGCAGCGGCGGUCUGCUCGGCGGUCUGGGUGGUCUCUUCGGUGGCAAGAACGCCGGCUCUGCCGCUGUCAGCUCCGGUGGCUGGUCCUCGGGCGGUGGUGCUGCCAGCGGUGGCUGGUCCUCGGGCAACUCCGGCUGGGACUCGCACGGUGCCUACAGCGCACCCGUUGCCCAGACCAUUGCCUACCAGGGCUACAAGCAGGCCAGGCGGUAAAUAAACCAUGGUCACCAGAUGGGAAAUUCGCUAACGAAACUACACAAAGCACAAAAUGAUGACCAUUAAUGUCUAUAUUUAUAWUUAUUUAUAAAUUAUUUAUUUUAAUUUAUUUACCUAAAAAAUCAACGUGAACGAGAGCGGGGCCCGCGUGGUCCUCAACCAAUUAAGUGCCUUCCAAUUGUAAUCUCUCACAGCCGAGAGACGUCGAACAUCCACAACAAUCAAUUCCACACACACAACAACAACAAACCAACAACAACAACAUCACCAUUCAACUUCACUUUUCAUCUUUACACGCAGUCAACAACGAAAACCAACAACGAAAGCCAACACCCAAUUUCUACACUUCUACACAGCCCAACCUAAUUUCACUCUGCACUCAAGACACUACUUCAUACUAUCUUAACUGUAUUUCCACGGCUGCGCUUUGAUUUAUGUGCACAAAAUGCUUUGAACUAGUCGCGCCCAUAAAUCAAAAUCAAAGUCGCCUAAGCUAACUGUCACUGUUUGCUGUCUAUCAUCAAUCUGUCUAUCUAUCUAUCUACAUAUCUAUCUAUCUAUCCAUCUAUCUCUCUAUCUAU